GAAUUUGAAGUUUUCAGCACUUCCUCUUUGUAGGCCGUUUUAAAAACAGGAAGCUUGCGUGUUAGGAAAGAACAAUUGUUUCGCCGAUGUCUAGUAAUCACAUGGUGUUAAACUUUAUUCAGCGUCGAAAUCUGUAAGUUCUGCACCUGGGUCUCCAGAUCAUGGCUGACACUCUGGAGAAUAACUCCGAAUGCCCUUCAUCAUCUGCCGCGAAAGAAGCUCCAGCAGGGGGUCUGAGCAUGCUGGAGAGCUCGAUGCAAGAGAACCGGGAAGAUGGCCAGGUUAUGUUUGAAGACUCUGUGUUUGCUGGUUAUCUGCAGGAAGGACUGCACAGUCUUCGGCUGGAGGACAGUUUAACAGACGUCAGUCUCCAUGUUCAGGGCCAGAGCUUCCAGUGCCAUCGCGUGGUUCUUGCUGCCGCCAGUCAUUACUUCAGAGCAAUGUUUUGUAAUGACUUGAGAGAAAAACAUGAAGAAAAUGUAAACCUUAAAGGCCUCGACGCUGACACCAUGAGAAUCCUGUUAGAAUACACUUACACCAGCAAAGUCACCAUAACCAAGGACAAUGUUCAGAGAAUGCUUGAGGCAGCCAGCCUUUUUCAGUUUCCACGUAUAGUGGACGCCUGUGCCAGUUACUUAGCCGAGGCCCUCUACCCGGAAAACUGUGUGGGCAUCCUUCAUCUAGCUGACGUCCACUCGUUGGAGUCUUUGAAAGCCCAAGUCCGCACCUACAUUAUCCAAAACUUCUCUCAAGUAGUGGAGCAUGAUGAGAUCCUGGAGCUUCCUGCAGAUGUGUUGGUCAGUCUGCUUCAGCAUGAUGAGUUGGGGGUAACAGAAGAGGAACAGGUGUUUGACGUGGUUAUCCGUUGGGUCAGGGCUCGAGAGGGUGAAAGGCUGGCUCUGCUGCCACGUGUUCUCACACAUGUGCGACUGCCCUUGUUGGACCCGUGGUACUUUGUAGAAAGGGUGGAAGGAGACCCGCUGAUCCGCCAGUGCGCCGAGGUGUUCCCGCUGCUGCAGGAGGCCCGGGUUUAUCACCUCUCGGGGAAAGAGGUCAGUUUUACAAAGGUGAUCUCAGAGCGCACCAAACCAAGAGUGCGGGAGUUCCAGUCUGAGGUGUUUAUGAUCAUCGGAGGAUGCACAAAGGAAGAGAAGUUUGUAUCUGAAGUGACCUGUCUGGACCCACUACGCAGGAGCCGCUUAGAGGUCGCAAAACUACCAAACACGGAGAUGGAGUCUGAGAAUGAAAAUAAGAAAUGGGUGGAGUUUGCGUGUGUCACUUUCAGAAAUGAAGUCUACAUAUCGGGUGGCAAGGAAACACUGCAUGAUGUGUGGAAGUAUAAUGCAUCGCUGAACAAAUGGAUCCAGAUAGAGUUCCUCAGCACAGGACGCUGGAGACACAAGAUGGCGGUUGUUGGAGGAAAGGUGUAUGUUUUGGGUGGCUUUGAUGGAACUCAGAGAUUGAACAGUGUUGAAGCCUAUGAUCCGUUUCAUAACUGCUGGACAGAGGCAGCGCCGCUCAUGCUGAGUGUAAGCUCCUUCUCUGCUGCCAGCUAUGACAAAUGCAUCUAUGUGAUAGGUGGAGGCCCCAACGGCAAGCUAGCCACAAACAACAUGCAAUGCUUUGAUUCCACAUCAAAUAAAUGGAGCUUAAAAUGCCCAAUGCCGACUGAGGCCAAAUGCACAAAUGCAGUGACGUUUAAGGACGCCAUAUUUGUUGUUGGUGGAGCGAUGAAGGCCUUGUACUCCUACAGUCCUCUUGAAGACUUCUGGACGCUAGUGAUCCAGCUGGGCUGUGAGAGGGCCAGCUGUGGCAUUGCCGCCUGUAAUAACAAGCUCUUCAUCACUGGUGGCCGAGAUGACAAGAACGAAGUGAUUGCUACCGUUCUUUGCUGGAACCCAGAGGCAAAAAAGUUGACUGAGGAGUGUGUGCUUCCACGUGGAGUAUCUCACCAUGGUAGUGUGACUCUCAGGAAGUCCUACACACACAUACGCAGGAUAACGCCUGGAACAGCCACUGGAUGACAGAUGCAGCCUCUUCAGUGACCACAAUCUUACUCUCAUUUGAGAUGUGAAAAACAUUUUCAGGACCCAUUUGAUCAGGUUUAAGCAGUGUAACUCUGUUGCAUUGAUACUGAAAUUGUUCUUUUUUGACAUUUGACUGCAGUUUUUACACAUUUUGUCAAUGCAAAGAAACAAUUGCACUUUAAAAGUUAGACAUUUACAGUACAGCUUUUAUACAUGGAUAUUUUAUACACAUAUUUAUUCAAUUGAAGUUAAUAACUGUUGCAUUAGGUAUCAUGAACACAAUAUGCAAUUGAUUAACCUAAGUUCAUACAUUUCAUUAUUGUUAUUGAUCUUAUUGUUAACGAUAUACUUAUGCAUGUUUAAUUUUUUUUUUUUAAAUAAAAUACAACAACUGUUAAAACGACAGAUUUUUUUGGUGAUAUAUGCCAGACUUCAUUUAGUCUGCUUAAACUCUGCCCCUUUCUUACAAUCGACUGCAAGCUCACAUUCAGAUCUACCUCCAUCCAAUUAACAACCGACAGAUAGAACCAAGUUCCCAAGCUACAUUUUAUUUUUUACUAUAAUACGUUUCACUCAGAUGUUCGUCACAUUCAGGGCUUGACAUUAACUUUUUUGCUCACCAGCCACUGUAGCUAGUAGUUUUCCAAAGUUUCUAGCCACUCAGCAUUUUCACUGGCCACAAUUUUGACAUCAAUACCAUGGGGAAGAAAACUGCCAUACAGAUAUUUUCAAUAUUUCAUAAUUUGGCAGCAGGUAUAUUAGGCUGCUGUCACUUUAAGACUUUCUUUCUCAACUGUUUACGUUCACUUAAAACAUAACUGACAGUGUUUACGUGAAUACUCACCAAGAUCGGCAUUUUGACGUUAUUUAAUGUGUAUUUGACUGUUUAAGCGCAAUAAGCAGUGAAAAAUAACUUAGUUUAGCACUGAGAGGCGGCUUUAUGUGUGCGCACUUUGGGUGAGCACAAAAUCUGCGUGAAAGGAGUAAAAUUAUGCGCAAUAAGCGCAAUUCCACACCGAAACUCAAACCCUGUAACACAACAAUAUUCAUUAAAUGAAACGGGUAAAGGGAGGAGGGUUUGUGUGUUAACUUGGUGUCUGAGAAGCGAAGCGCAGCUGUUAUCCUGUUUCUAUUCUGUGGGAGAUGAGUAGGCAGCGUUUCAGAAAUUUCAGUAUCGAUAUGUAUCAAUACAUUGCACUUGGUUUAUUAUUUCAGAUGCCUUUUUUAAAGACUACAAUUGAAAAAUGAAUAUAUUAUUUAUAAAAUUCAACCCGGUAAAUUGGUUAUUGGGGAUGACUGUUACACGCCACUGCUGAAAUCUACCCGCAUUUGGCGGGUGUUAAUGUCAAGCCCAAAAAUCUGUCGCUACUAAAGUUACAUCACGACUUUAACGCGAGGUAAUGCCAUUACAAAUUAACAAUAGUACAUUCAUAAAUUAACCUAGAUUAUAAACGUCUCACAUAAUCAUACCAAAUGCAAUAAAGGGUUAGUUCACCCAAAAAUGAAAGUUCUGUCAUUAAUUACUCACCCUCAUGUCGUUCCAAACCCAUUGCACCUUCGUUUAUGUUCGUGAAAACAAAGAUAUUUUUGAUGAAAUCCAAGUUGUUGUUUUUUAUCCCCCAUAAAAAGCAACAUUAUUGUAAUUUAUGCAUCCCUUAAUGUAGACUUACAUUUUUUUCUGCUAUGUUGUCAAGAUAUGAAAUGUCAUUGGUUAAUCAGGCACUGAAAACAUGUACCAAUACUUUUGUGAAAUGACCCAAAAAGUGUUUGCUGCAAUUCAUUUUCAUUAGUAACUCAAUACAAACAUUUCUCAGAA